AUGGCGAAUCGUGGCCGCACGCUAGAUCCUGACGUAUUUUCCAUCAAGGACCUGAAAGAGAGAGCAUCGAGAAAAACUGCCCAGGAUUAUUUCCAUGAAGGCGCCAUGGACAUGAUAACCCUUCGAGACAACGAGGCUGCCUUUAACAGAUAUCGCGUCAGGCCUCGAAGCCUCCGAAACGUGUCCGUCGUUGAUACUACGACGACGAUUUGGGGAAGUCAAGUGCUGUUCUCGUUCGGAUUCUCGCCUGCAGCGAUGCAUCGAAUUACCCAUCCGGACGGAGAAGUCGGCACGCCAAAGGUUUGUGCAGCACUGAAUAUUGGUAUGGGGCUCAGCGCGUACCCGAAUGACUUGCUGGAAGAUGUCAUUGAGCAGGCUGAGGGGAAGACGAAUCCGUAUGCCGUGCAGGUCAUUCUGUUGAAGAGUCAGCACCUGACUACAAGGUUGCUGAAAAGAGCCGAGAAGGCUGGAUAUAAAGCCAUCCUGCUAACAGUAGACGCCCCAUUCCUGGGGCGGCGUCUGAUUGAAUUUCGGAACGCAUUCUGCAUGCCCAAGGGCACCACGUAUCCAACUAUCGCGCCCGGGGUAGAUUUGAGCAAUUUGGAAGAAGGAGGGGAUAAUGAACUGGCAUACGUACCGGAAAAUGGUGUGGAUUGGGAACAGGCGAUCUGCUUCGUAAAGAGUCACACAAACCUGGAACUCUGGAUCAAAGGACUGUACACAGCCGAAGAUGUCGUGACGGCCAUCCAAUCUGGUCUGGACGGCGUCGUGAUCUCGAUUCAUGGCGGCAGGCAACUUGACGGCGUCCCGGCGACCCUGGACGCCUGGCGAGAGUGUGCCCCCGUAGCGAAAGGAAAGAUCAAAAUUGCCAUCGAUGGAGGCAUCCGACGUGGAAUCGACAUCUUCAAGACCCUCGCGUUGGGUGCCAGCUUUUGCUUUUCCGGAAGGAUCCCAAUCUGGGGCCUGGCUUACAACGGCCACAAAGGCGUCGAACUGGACAAACAGCUUCUGUACGACGAAUUCAGGUUGACCAUGGGACUCGCCGGGUGCAAAAGCAUUGCCGAGAUCAAUCGUGGACAUCCGUCAAUCCUGCAGAGCAAUGGUGUUCUUGCAAAGCGCUGA